AUAUAUAUCUCAUUCAAUGAUUUAGUAUAAUAAUAGGAUAAAAUAUAGGUAGGAAUUUAGCAAUUCUUUUUGGGUUAAAAUGAAAUUUAUAUUUAAUAAAGUGUCGUAGAAGAAGUAUUAACAAAGAAAAAUAGUUGUAAAACAGUUGGUGAAGAAAACAAGAGGAAAAAAAUGAAAAAGAAAUAAAAAAAUUAAAAAAAAGAGAAACUGAAACGGAAUAGUAAUGUGGCAGUGAAAGGAAAAUUAAAAUGAAAGGUACAUUUGUCUAUCCAUAUUGGGGUGCUUUCUCCCUUAAUAUGAUCUCAAAACUCAACACUGUCCCAUCCCAUGCCUGGCUUCUCCAUAUACUUUUUCUGCUCCUAAAAACCUCCAAAAAUAUCAUAUAUAGGUAUUGCUCCAUCAUCACUUCUUGCUCUUCCUUUUUCCAAACUCAAGACUGAUUUCUGCUCUCUUGGCCAGCUUCCAGAAACAAGAAAACUAAAGGCAAAAAAAAACAAGAAAAUAAAAAAGAAACUGUUAGUCAUCUAUUUAUUUCUUCUUUGAUUCAUAUAGAGUCCGCUUGUAUCGUUUUUCUCUUGUUUAUUUAGAUCAGAUUAUGCUCUCUCUCUCUCUCUAUAUAUAUAUAUAUAUAUAUUUAUAUAUCUGUUAGCUGAACUGGAAUGAGAGCAGUAAUGGGUAACUCACCGGCAAACGUUGAAUCCAGGCAUCGAUUAACUUCUUCCAUCGAAGACAUAUACAAAAGAAGGAUACAGAAAAACAAAAUCAAAGGUGCAGAAAAGCCAUUCCACAUCCCCAUCCAAGAUAAAAGUUCUUGCUGCAAGUUUCCAUUAUUAAAACUUGCGCUUGUGAUUAUUGUCUGUGGCACCAUUGUAACACUUUUGCAUUCACCAGAGGUUGACCAUCUAUCACAUUCUGGCUCCAGGUGGAUAUGGGGAGGAUCGGAUCCUCGAUAUGUAUCAGAUAUUGAUGUGAAUUGGGAUGAUGUUAUGAAAGUCAUAGAGAAACUGAGUGAACAGAAUGACUAUCGGGGAAUUGGCCUUUUAAACUUCAAUACGAGUGAAGUCACUUACUGGAAGCACCUUUUACCUGAUGUUAUACCCCAUGUUCUCCAACUUGACUAUGUUGAUAGAAAUAUCACUUGGGAAUCUUUAUAUCCAGAAUGGAUUGAUGAAGAGCAAGAAAAAGAAGUUCCAGUUUGCCCUUCUUUACCGAAAGCGGAUGUUCCUCGAAAGCGACUUGACAUCAUAGCUGUUAAACUUCCUUGCAGAAAUGAGUUGAAUUGGUCUAGAGAUAUUGCUCGGUUGCAUUUGCAAGUUGCGGCUGCAAAUCUUGCUGCCUCUGCAAAAGGGUUUUAUCCUGUACAUUUGCUUUUUAUUAGCAGGAGAUUUCCCAUACCAAACCUCUUCCCUUGCAAAGAACUUGUCACGCGAGAAGGAAAUGUUUGGUUAUACAAACCAGAUUUGAAUGUAUUAAGAGAAAAACUUCAGCUUCCAAUUGGUUCUUGCGAACUUGCACUUCCUCUCAGGGAUAAAGAACCCUUUUAUGCAGGGAAUCCACGGAGAGAAGCAUAUGCAACAAUUCUUCAUUCUGCUCAUGUUUAUGUCUGUGGUGCCAUUGCAGCAGCUCAGAGUAUCCGAUUGUCAGGAUCAACCCGAGAUCUAAUAAUACUUGUUGAUGAGUCUAUUAGUGUUUACCACAAAAGUGGACUUGAAGCUGCAGGAUGGAAAAUCAGGAUAAUUCAAAGGAUAAGGAACCCAAAAGCUGAGAAAGAUGCAUACAAUGAAUGGAAUUAUAGCAAGUUUCGGCUAUGGCAGCUGACAGACUAUGAAAAAAUCAUUUUCAUCGAUGCAGAUUUACUUAUACUCAGGAACAUUGACUUCUUAUUUAGUAUGCCAGAAAUUUCUGCAACAGGAAACAAUGCCACUCUUUUUAAUUCAGGUGUGAUGGUCAUUGAGCCUUCAAAUUGCACAUUCAAUCUAUUAAUGGAACACAUUAACGAGAUCGAAUCUUACAACGGUGGAGAUCAAGGCUACUUGAAUGAGAUCUUUACAUGGUGGCAUCGAAUUCCAAAACACAUGAACUUCUUGAAACAUUUCUGGAUUGGUGAUGAAGAAGAAGUUAAACAGAAGAAAAUUCGCCUUUUCGGUUCUGAGCCUCCAAUUCUCUAUGUACUUCACUAUCUUGGUGUGAAGCCAUGGCUGUGUUUCCGGGACUAUGAUUGCAAUUGGAACGUUGAUUUCUUCCAAGAAUUUGCAAGUGACAUUGCUCAUGAAAGAUGGUGGAGAGUUCACGAUGCGAUGCCUCAGCAGUUGCAUCAAUUUUGCCUCUUGAAAUCGAAGCAAAAGGCACAACUGGAAUGGGACAGGAUCCAAGCUGAAAAGGCAAAUUACACAGAUGGGCACUGGAAGAUUAAAGUUAAGGACAACAGGUUGAAGAAAUGUAUCGACAAUCUAUGUUCAUGGAAGAGUAUGCUACGACACUGGGGCGAAACAAAUUGGACUGAUGAUGAGUUUUUCAAUCCCACACCACCUGCUAUUACCACCAAAGCAUCUUUACCAGGCUUGUGAGUUUAUUUUUUUGAAAUCUUUCAUCAGCUCUUUCAUGUAAAUUACAAAAAAUCCAUACAUGGGUUCAGCUUAUUUUUCUCCUCUACUGAUUUUGAAGCAUAAGCGAGUUUUAGACUCAGUCCUGUUUUGGAAUAGAUAUCAUCACUUCUGCUAAGGCUGAAUUCUUUCAGCCUUUUACAUUUGUAGUAGAGUUGCUAAUUAUAUCAUAAAAGAGAAACCUUAUUGUUCUU